GCGCCCCGCCCCGCCCCGCCCCAUCUCCAGCUCUGGGGCGGGACGCGCGAGGUCCCCCCUACUCCCGGGCGCUGCGCUGGGCGGCGGGACCGCGCCCGCCAAUCCCCGAGAGCCAGGGAGCAGCGAGAGUGCGGGGUGGCCGGCUGGCCGCGGGCGGCGGCGUCUACCCCCCGGCGCUGAGGCGGGACAUGGCGAAUGUCAAGGUGGCCCUCCGGGUUCGGCCUCUGAGCAAACGAGAGAAUGCAGAAGGGGGAAGAAUAGUUGUAGAAGUUGAUGAAAAAGUGGCAAAAGUCAGAAACAUAAAGGUAGACAAUAGGCUUGAGGGCCCGUGGGACACAAGAGAGAAGAUUGUGGCUUUUGGCUUUGAUUUCUGCUAUUGGUCAGUUGAUCCUGAAGAUCCUAAAUAUGCAUCUCAGGAAGUGGUUUUCCAGGACCUCGGCACAUCAGUGCUGUCUGGUGCUUUUAAGGGGUAUAAUAUCUGUCUUUUUGCAUAUGGACAGACGGGUUCAGGAAAAACGUACACAAUGAUGGGAACUCCAGCAUCCAUUGGGUUGACACCUCGUAUAUGUGAGGGCCUUUUUUCAAGGGAGUAUGAUUAUUCAGAGCAGCCAGCAUCUUGCAGAAUAGAAGUCAGUUUCCUUGAAAUCUAUAAUGAGCGUGUCCGAGAUUUGUUAAAGCAAUCAAACCAGAAGAAACCUUAUACGCUUCGUGUCCGAGAACACCCUGAGACAGGUCCAUAUGUGCAAGGAUUGUCUCAGCAUUUAGUUACAGACUACAAACAAGUCAUAGGACUUCUGGAAGAAGGAAUAGCCAACAGAAUCACAGCAGCUACGCAUGUUCAUGAUGCCAGCAGCAGAUCCCAUGCCAUCUUCACCAUUCACUACACUCAGGCUAUACUGGAGAACAAUCUCCCCUCUGAAAUUGCAAGCAGGAUCAACCUGGUGGACCUUGCAGGCAGUGAAAGAGCUGAUCCCAGUUAUUGCAAAGAUCGAAUUACAGAAGGUGCCAACAUUAACAAGUCAUUGGUUACUCUGGGAAUUGUCAUCUCCACCUUAGCACAAAACUCUCGGCUAUUCAGCAUCUGCCAGAGCAUAAACAGCAUAACUAGUGAAGUGGACAGCCAUGUGAGCAGUCACCCUCCAGGCAGUGUCAGUGGGCAUAGGCGUCAGGCUUACAUCCCGUACCGUGACUCCAUCCUCACCUGGCUUCUGAAGGACAGUCUAGGGGGCAACUCCAAGACCAUCAUGAUUGCCACCAUCUCUCCUGCUAGCUCCAGCUACAAUGAGACCAUGAGUACUUUGAGAUAUGCCUCAAAUGCCAAAAACAUUAUUAACAAGCCCCAGGUGAAUGAGGAUGCAAAUGUAAAACUGAUUAGAGAACUCCGAGAGGAAAUAGAUAGAUUAAAAACUAUGCUGAUGAGCUUUGAACUGAGGAAUUCUAGCCCUUCUUGGAGUGAUGACAGAGAUGGAAAUCUGACAGAAUUGGUUCUUCAGAAUGAAAUGAAGAUUGAACAGCUGACCAAAGACUGGAGCGAUAAGUGGACUGACAGGAACACCAUAAUGGAAGAAUACAGUGUGGACAUCAACAAAGAAAAAGCUGGAGUGAUAAUAGAUUCCAAUUUACCUCAUUUAAUGGCAGUGAAUGAUGAUAUCCUUAGUACUGGAGUUGUGCUUUAUCAUCUCAGGGAAGGAACAACCAAAAUUGGAAGAUGUGAUUCAGACCAGGAGCAGGAUAUUGUUCUGCAGGGUGAAUGGAUUGAGAGGAACCAUUGUAUUAUAGACAACAAGUGUGGGAUUGUGACACUGCGGCCAGUCCAAGGAGCAUAUUGUACUGUAAAUGGACAGGAAGUCACUAGUGCUUGUCGUCUGUCACAAGGAGGUCUUGUUGUCCUGGGCAAGGCUCAUAAAUUUAGGUUCAACCACCCAGCAGAGGCUGCUAUUUUAAGACAAAGAAGAUUGAUUAGUGAAGCCUCCCCCAUAUUGAGCAGCAGAUCUUUGGAAUGGCUGGACUUGGAUGGAGAUUUCACUCCUUCCCCUCCCUAUAUCUUUUCUCCACUUGAAAAAGAAAGUCAAAAGCAUAUAGGCCAUGAGGAGUGCAAACAUUCAGCUGAAAUGAUGAGCAGAGAGAUAGAUUCUGUGCAUGAAGAGUACAAGCAGAAGCUGAGAGAUCAGGAAGCUUUCCACAGGGAACACAUUCAACAGCAGCAGCUCUACGUUGAGGAUUUAAAGCAGCAGAUCCUGGCAGGACAGAUCAAAGCAGAGCAUGAACUAGAAUAUGACCAGGCACUAAUCAACCAGCAGAUCAGAGAAAUCCAACAGUGGCUUAUUAAUGAGAAGAAACAACUGGCUGCCCUUCAACCGCAGCAGAGGGAGUUUGCUGUACAGACAGAGUCUAAGUCGUAUGCAGAAGCUGAAGUGCAGAAUACUGUGGAUUUGGAGAUCUGUCCUUCCCUGGUAGAGCAGAACAGGAAAAGACUGGUACAGCUGGAGCUUUUGCGGAGAUACUCUUUAAAGAAAGCAGAAAGAAACAUAAGGCGGAAAAAGGUCAAGUUCCAGUUGGAGAGGAUUGUCAAGAAGCAAAAAUUACUGGAAGCCAAGAGAAACCUAGAGCAGCUAGAGGCCAGCUGCUGGCUCAGUGAGGAUAACUUGAAACAGUCCCAAGUCCUGAACCAAAACACUACAAUUACCUCCUGGAAUCACAAGUUGCAAAGGAAAAGCAAGUCAUUUGGUUCAAGUUCCUUGCAACCCAGAAGACAUUCUUUCUGUAAUCUUUACCCACCACAUGUACUCAUUUACAGCUCUUUCUUGAAGAGGAAGACCACCUCUGAAUUAUCUACCUCACCAAAUACCUAUAAAUGCCAUGAAGACAAUCCGCCAGGGAAAGCGCUGUCUCUAGAAUAUCUACCCAGAACAAUUAAAGACAAUUCCAGGAGAGAUGACCUUAAUGAUGAGAGGUAUAGUUCCUUCCCAACACAGAGACAGCUAACUAAAAAACAAAAGACAUCACUGUUUGGAAAUAAAAACGGAGCAGAAAAAGACUGUAAUGGUCCAGUUAUAUUACAUAUCAACACAGAUAAUAAAAAAAUGGAAAAAUCAGAUUAUAGACUAGUACAAACUGAACCUCAAAGCCAGAUCUCUAAGAACCUCUCUCCCAAUCAGCUUAAGAAGAAAGGUGAACUUGAAACCUUUAUUACAGGGACACAAGUGACCAAAGCGAAGGUAUUAGGAGAUUCAAGUCAGCCUACAGAGAGACAGCUAGAAGAAAGUGAAGCCCAGGCAUCUCAUAAAAAGUCUAGAAUGGAUUUAAGAGAACGCCAAGAUUCACUUCCAGAAAGCUUUACCAAGGAAGUGAAAAAAUCAAUAGUGUGUGGAAAGCCUCCAUCAGUUUGUCUCAGUCAAACAGUGAGGAACUUAAAAAGAGAGCCAAAGUCAUCCUUGCCAAGUCAUGAUAGGCAGUCAGUGGAAAAGCAGGAGUUUCUGAUGACAGCUACUUCAGUAGGGAAUCUUAAUAAGAUAAACAUCCAGACACCGCUCUGUUACAUUGAAAAAAAAUGGCACAGUGCUGAGGUGUUGAAUGUCGGAAUCUCAAAAGCAGCCACAGAUCUGCUAGGGAACUGGCAAGAGGAUGAUGAAAAUGACUUUUCUGAUACUGAUAGUUCCUACUCUGUGGAUUCUCUCUCCUGUGCUUAUGCAAAAGCCUUGACCGAGCAACUGAAACAGGAAGAUUCAGACCGGAAUAAAUGUAUCGCCAACCCAGAAGAUUCCGAAAGUGAUGAUAGUCAGAUGUCUCAAGACUCUCUGGUAGAAAAAGAAAAUAAAGCCAAAAAACGAAGUAAAAAACGUUUUCACAAGUUAUUGGUUCACCAAGAGCCAGUUAAGUUUUACAAAGGCAGAUAUGAUCACCAUGUCUCACCCUUAGUGACCUCAUCCACAUCACGCAGUAGAUUGGCAAAGACUGAAAGAAGCUUUUCUCUGGAUAGCUUAGCUGAUGCAGAAGAGGUGUUAGCAGAAGAUCUGGUAGAAGAAUCCAAAUCUGAUUCAUCUGAUGAAGUGCCUGCAGAGAGAUUUUGGAGGCUGCAGAGUCCUAAGUCCCCAGCCAUACAGACUGAGGAAUGCCGGAAGCCUGAAGCCAGUGACAAAGAUGUAAAAGGAACAAAUUAUGAUCUAAAGCAGAGUAGUUCUUUUUAUCUGGGUACUCAAACACAGUCCAUUUGCAAUAACACUUGCAAACAGCCAUUGAAAGAGAUGAAGGUUUGUUUUAUAAAACAAGAAGGGUUUCUUGAUCAAAGACUUAAUUCUACAGGCGGAAACCCCUUGACGCUCAUUGAUGCUUUGUCUUCAUAUGAUUCAAAAAGUGAAAUCAGCAGCCCCAGAAUAGCUGUACCUUCUUCUCAUAAAAAUUUACAAUUUCAUGGUGCUCAUCUGAGCAAGCUGGAAUGUUGGAUGAAGAAAGAUGACCUAACUCAGUCAGCUGCUGAAGUAUCUUUUGUCUCUGGCUAUAAGCAGUUGCAUAGUAUUUCUCAUUUAUCACAUGGUGUAAAUGAGAUAAAUGCAACUUUCUCCUCUGAUGGAUCAGAAAUACCAUUACCAGAAACAACACAUUUUGAGAUAGAUGCAAAUAAAGUUCCUGAGAGUGGAUCUUUAUUAAGUAAGAUGGUCAAAGAAAAUGCAAAUUCUGAUGAAAAUUCUGACUUAGAAUCUCCAGAAGUUAGGUCAUUGUUUGUCAGUUCAGUAGGACCAAGCACUUCAUGUGUCCCCAUUUCAACAUUUUCAGCAAAACGUGGUGGUUAUGAAGAUGUCAAGUCAGCUCAUCCUAAACACAAACAGCUUACUGCAUCAUCUACUUAUGGAUCUACUGUUGAAUACACAAAACAAUAUAGCUGUUUGAAAAAAAACUCCAUGACAGAUUGUUUGUUCUCAGUAUCUGGAAAAGAAGAGGGCUCUCUCCCCACAAUUUAUCCUGAACUGUCCAAGGAUCAGGAUUCUAAAAAAAUAUCAUUCAUUUCAGCACCAUCUACCUAUGUUUUACAGCAGAGAAAAGAUCAAGGAAAUUCUGAUUUAGAAGAUAGCUUCUUUAGAACUAUUGAAAAAGACGACACAGAUAAUGAUUGUGAUAAUUUGAUAAUGGAAUCAAAAACAACAGAGUCAAACACAAGAGAUGCAUCUGUCAAUGCAGCUGCCAGUGGAUUGUCUAAAGAGCUGUCUCCUGAUACAGCUUCACUAUCCACAGUAGGAACAUCUUCAGUAAAAAACGGAAUAUAUAAAAAACAUGGUCAGCUCUUUGCAAAAGACGGAACAUCAACAUCCUGUGAUGAGGGUUUCUUUCUCCGUGACCUGUCAAACAAGAACAGGGACACUGGUAUAAAGAAAAGUUAUACACUUCAGACUUCUGUUGAACAAGGAGAAAAUUCUGCUGGUAAAGUAGGUCUACUCAGCUACAGGGGGAAUAGUUUUGAAUCUGUGCAGAAGAUGGAUUACCAACAGUUGUCUGCAGGAGAAAUAACCAUAGACAAAGAUUUUUCUUUUGAAAGAAAACCCUAUCGCACUGGUCCUGCAACCUUUCCCCAGGAUGCUAGUUAUGACCAGUUUGCAAUAUCAAUAGACACUUCUCAGAAAGAGUUGGUCUGUAAUACAACAAGUAGAGAUAUCUUUAUUGAAACUGCCUUGGAGGCCCCUUCAUUCAGAGAUCCUGAAGAAUAUGAACAGGAUGAAGAUCUGUGUUCACAAAAUAAUUGUGAAUUUCAAAGGAAAAUUGUUUUAAAGGAUCAUUUUCUUGAAAGUUUACAGGCUGACAAUCCUGAAAGUUGCUUAUCCCUAUAUGUUUUGGGAAACACCACAUUAUGUCCUGAGACUAUAAGAAAAGAAAGCAGUGAAAGUAAAGAAAAAGAUAAUUUGAGUUCUCACCCUGUAGGCCAGGAAAGGUCAUCAUCCAAAUAUAGAAAUUUGGUGGUAGAUGAAUUAAGAUACCUUAAUGUGAAUUUAAAUGGAAAAAACACUGAGCUCUCAACUGCAGCUACUUGUGAAAUUAGAGAUGAAUGCACAUCCCAGUCCAACUCAAGUGAAUUUUACAAUGGCACAGCAGAAACUAAUCUUUUUCUACAUGCUUCUGAAACUGAGAAAUAUAAUACACAACUGCAGGAUCUUACAGCAGUUAAUGAACUUUGUGAUACCAGAUCUAAUUUUAGUAUAGAAAACAAUGUCCAAAAAAGCUGCUGUUCUGGAAUAAAUUCUGAUUGCCUCUGCACAAUGUGCUACUUAAAAUCUGAAGAGCAGAAAAACAAUAUGCAUAAAAAGGUUGAAGUUCCUGUGGGAUAUGAUGCAGCGGUUCUCUCUGAUACUCAGACCAAGAACAAAUCAUUUCCUGAAUUAAGAGAAGAGAGUAAAACUGCUUUUUCUUGUAUGGUUCUUAGUGAAAGUGAUUUCUCAGGAGAGGUUUUGUUUGUUGGAGGAACCAGUAAUUAUGUAAAAACAGACUCCGGAAAAGUACUUGAACAUAAUACAACUAUAUCAGACACUGCUGUCCAAGAAGGGAGUCCAAGUGUGAAUAAAAAAUCUGAAUGCACAAAGAAGGCAACUGAUACUGAAGAUGAAAUUAUCCUGGAAGAGACUCUGGUUCCCUAUCAGAGUAAAAAAAUAAACACCACUGAAGAAAUUGCUAAACUGGUUAAGAGUGUCAUCAAGUUGGAAAACAAUAUUUUGGAAAUUAAAGCUAGGCAGACUGAAACCUUACAUAACUUCUCUGUAGUUGAAGCCCAAUGUGAUAUUGCAGAAAGGAGCAGAAAUAAUUUAGAAAGCAAUAGUCUGGUUCAGAGAUCUAAAGAUCCCAGUGAUCUUGUGGCUUGCAAAGAUCACCAUGAGUUUUACCAAAAGGUGCACACAACAGUACUGCAUGAAGAGGCAAAGAAAGAAGAAUCAGGUGUGUUUGGUGUUGGUGGUGUAAGGGACACUGAUGAAUCAAAAACAGUGGCGAUAUCUGACAGCUUCAUUCAGACAAGUAGCUUUCAUCAAAAUAAAAGGAAAGCAAACAUGGAAAUAAAUUAUUGUUCAACAGAGACUGAAGCUGCUUCUAAAAGCACUCCAUCAGUGUGUUCCAGCUCAUCAGAUUUCUCUGAGAAUACUAUAGGUUUCCUUGAUACUUAUGAGGAAUUGAAGCAGACCAACAGAAUAACAGAAAAUGUGUUGAAUGCUGAAAGAAUAGCCAGAACAAUACCUGUUAGUUGUGGGGAAGAGAACUCCUUAGAAAACAGUGAAAAGGAACAAAAAAAUGUUUCUAGCAAUACAAGUGAAACUUGUAUAACAGACUGCUUGGCCCAUAAGAACUUUCAUCAAGAAAACAAAGUUGAUGGAAGCAUAACUAACUCCAAAAUGAUUGAGAGUGAGGAACAAAUUAAUAUAAAAGACUAUGAGAUGUUGGUUAGCACAGGAAGAGGUGAACUGCACACAGAUGUAAAUGUUUCAUUUACACAAGAGACUCCAGCUCUAGAUCAGAUGUAUUGUGACGGAGACAACAGUGAAAAAUUUAUAAUUGAAUCUGAGAUCCCAGAAAUGUACUUUACAGCUUCUUCUAAGCUAGAAGAACGAGAUGUUUUGUCAGUUGAUACUUUAAGGUUAACAGGAGGUAGCCAUGAUGCAAUUGAAAAGAAGGGCAAAAUGGAUAAAUGGGUGGAAGACAUUAAUAACUGUGACAGUUCAGCUGAUGAUAAUGCAGUAAUUGAGCAAAAUGUAAUCAGAGGAAAAUCUGGAAGACUUAUUAAAGAGAAUAGCAAUACAGAUAAGAGUUCUUAUACCAACUAUCUCAAGUAUGGGGUGUCUGAAGAUUUGGGUGUAAAUUUUGUUGGAAGCAGACCUGAUAAUUUUGAAUCUGAUCCAAUGUGCUUCAUAGCACAAGAGAAGGAGAAAACAUAUCUGAUAAAUCUGGUACAAAUGGUUAAAGCAGAUGUAAUAAAUGAAAGUGUGAAAACAUAUAAUGCGUCUGUUUUUAGAACCAAUAAAGAAAGGAAGGCUUUCAAAGAAAACAUUGAGAGUCGAGAACUGACUGCUUCUCAAAAUCAAAAUGAAGUUCCACCUGAAAACAAAGGCAGCCACCAACCGACAAAUAAUAAAUUAAAUGAGAUCUUAAAAGAAAGUAAUUGGGUAUCUAAAAGUUGUUCUAGAAAUGAUGUCAAUGAUUCCUCAGUACCUAAUGAACAACAGCGUAAACCAGAAACUAUAAAGUCUUCUGAAGAAACUCAACAGUGUUUGCUUAAAGUCUUUCAAUGUCAGUCUGUAAAUCAUCCUCUAUAUUUUGGAAUAAAUAACAGCACAGAAGUUGUGCAGGAUGAUCCCACUGUGUUAAGAGGACAUGUAAAGUCAUUUAAUAGCAAUGCUGGUACUGGAGUUCUUCCUUACUAUGAAACAUUAAUGGAGAAUGAUGUGUACGGAGCACCCAGUACGCUUAACGAAGAGAGAAGAGAUGAAUCAUUUUCUGAUAAAAUGCAAAAUAAAGACAGUGAUUUUCUGCAAACCAUGAUCAUGCAGAACAAGGAGAGGGAAGGAAACUUUGUAUUAAACAACACAUCUAAUUAUGCUGUAUCUGGGCAAUUUCCUGAUAGGGAUGACAUAAAUUCAACUUCCUAUAUUGCAGAGUGUCAUGAAUCCAUAAUUGCUGCACCUAGGCAAGGCACAAAAAAUUAUUCAGUUUCCCUGGGAAGGUUAGAUUCUCCUGAAGAUAUAAUUAAAAAUGUGAGCAAUUCUGACACAGAGCACAGCACAGACUUAAGUGUGUGGGGGGAAUCAAAAGUUUGCUUUAAUUCCUUAGACGAUAUAGUUCAAGAAGGAAGUAUGGAUGCGUCAAUGGCUGUGUCUGGUCCACUGGCUUCAGAUAAUGAAAAUCUGCUUUCCUCUUCAAUGUUGAAAGAUAAUGAUAUGAGAGAAAAAAUAAAGCAAUCACUACCAAAGGUCUGUUCUCCGAAAGUUUUUCAAAAUAUUAAUAUACGUCAGAAAGAAUUAGCACAAUGCAAUCAGACAGAGAAAUGUUCAACUGCAAACUAUAUUAAAACGGACUGUAAAAGUAAUAGUGAAAGGAUUCCUGAUUUAUUUGGAUAUCAAACUGAACCCAGUGAGAUUCAGGCAUACAGGGCUUCUAGAGAUCUCUGUGUGGGAUAUCCAGACAACUCUGCAGUUGCUUCUGAGACCCUUUUAGAAAGUAUUAAUCAACCCUUGUGGGAAAAUGCUCAUUAUGAUGAAGACUCUGCAAGAUAUAAUAUGAAUUCUUGUGUUUCUAAAUAUUCUGCUGGUCUGCUGAAGAAUAGCCCCGUUACACUUGCAAAUGCUUUGGUAGACAGCAGAGAAGACAAAUGUAAAAUUGAUGCUGUUUGUUUUGGAAAAACAAAAUACUUUGAAAGUGAAUCAGUAGAUUUGGAUGUACCUGUACUUGUUUCUGAUGAUCUCUCUGUAAAUCAGAAAGAUCAUGAAAGCGCAAUUUGUUCUGCAUUUGGAGAGAGAGAGAGAACAGACACACAGAAUGAUGAAAUCACUAAAGAGGUAGUUGGAGUAGAUGAAAAGCAAGAACAAAGUCAAGAUUCUUUCCAGAUUUGCCAUGGUAUAAAAGAAAAAAUAUUGUGUUUAUACUCAGAGGACUAUAUUGGUAGUUCUGGCAUGAAACUGCCCGAGAAGAGCUUGCUUACAUAUCAAAAUCUUGAACAAAGUAGCAAUAAGGAAACAAAAUCUCUUCCUUUAUGCACUGUGGAGAAUGUUCCAUCUUAUACAACAUUUCAGAGUUCCAACAAUCUUAGUACCUCUGAAACCUCUAAUUUGCCAGAAGACUCAAAAUCUCUGAAAUUUAGGCAGCUUGAUGACUCAUUGCAAGACAUUUCUUUGACUGACCAGUUGUCAUCUACUUUUACAAACCCUCAUUCUCUACAAGAAAGAGAAGAGAGAGAGUUUCCUCGAGCAGUUCCAAAAGUUUCUUACCCAUCAUUAAAAAUGUUUUCAGAAUACCCUCUUACUGCUGACAUUGGUUACAAUGAAACUAGCAGAUACGAUGUUUCACAUACAACUACUUCAAACUGUUCUGCAUUUGCUAUAGUACAAAUGCAAGAGAGUCAAUCUGAUGAUAACAUGAUAUUUGACCAGCAGCCAUCUGCUUCAACAAAUAUUGUACUUCCUCUUACAAAAGAAAAGAGACAUCUCCCAAUAGAUGAUACAAAAUCUACCUCUCAAGGAUAUCUUGCUGAAGAUGGAAAAUCAGUACAUAAAAGUAACUCUGAACAACUCAACAAUGAAACAGAAGUUGAUAAAAAAUCCUGGGAUAAAGUUUCACUCCAACAAGCAUUUUUAGAAAACCUAAGGAAAGUAGAUGAUGAUGUUUCUAUGUCAUCAUCAUUCGCUAUUGAGGAUGCUGCAAGAGCAGCUCUUAAUAAAGAGGAAAAUAUGAGAGCGAGAAUUGGCAGAAAUGAGAAGGAAUUGCAUUCAAACUUGGAGAAUGCACUUCCUGCAACAGACAGGAAUCAGAGAAGAAUAUUUUUAGGAAAAGAUCCUGUUGAAAAUCAAACCAUAGCACCAUCAGUUUUUGCCAAUGAGUUCAUGGCCCCACAAAUUACAAUAUCGCAAAACCCAUGUUUAGGAAACAUUAAUGUGGAUUCCAAGUACAUGUAUAAUCUGUGUGGGCAAGUAUGUCCCACAGAUAACAAUGCUGCAGAUCCCAAAGAAACAUAUCGCACUGCCUCAGAUUUUGAAAUAAAUUCAUGUGCAGAUUUACAAGACAAUUGGCAGGUUGGGCAUGCCAGGGAAGAAGAUCAAAACAGAGCAAAUGUAAGAAGUGGAAAAGAUAUGGUACAUUGCAAAAAUAAUGCAUGUUCAAGUGUUGAUAGUCCUGACAAUUAUCAGAUAAUGGCAAAUAAUAUAAUGAAGAUUAAGCGAAAGACUUCACAAUCAGAAAGGCUAAAUCUUUCUGUCGUGAAAAAUGAGAAUACGUCCUUCAAAAUUUUACCAGAAAACAGUUGUUUGCCUCCACAGGAACCCAAGUUGGUAUUACUUAGGAAUGAAAAAUCAUACUUUACUGCACUAAAUACAAAGCAUUGCAAACAAGAUGAACAAAGACAUUGUUUACAGAAUCACAUAUUGUCAGCCCCAGCUAUUUCUGCAAUCUCUGAUCUUGAAUACACUUCAGAAGUUUCAUCUAAGGCACAUCUUUCUUUGUAUCCUGCCUCUAAAUCUUUACAAGAAUUGAAUAUGAGUGUUGAGCCUCCAUCUCCAACUGAAGAUGAUCUUCAUGGAAUUGAAAGAUUUUCUAAAUUGGAGUCAGAUAAUUUAAUACUGGCUAAAUAUAAACCCAGAUUUCAGCAGAGAUUGGUACAAACUCAGAGACCUGCUAAUUAUGAUCCAAAAAGCUCACAAAAUUAUGGGGAGAGAAGCCAAGGCAGCAACUCCUUAGAGCCCUCUGCUGUUCAUUAUUCAACUGCUUUGGCACAUAGAGCUGGUCGUCCCAUGGAUAUAGAAACAAAAAAACAUUCAAAUACUACUACUUUAUCACAGUGCAAUGAAGAGACAAUUGAAGAAUUGAGAUAUCAACCAGAAGAAACAGAUUUGUUUUUACAGGACGAUAAAGAUGCAAUGCAUUUUAGUUCAAGUGAUAUCAAUCCAUACAUUCAUCCAUGGCAGCAAGAUGGACUCUGCAAGAUUGGUUGGAAGCAAUAUGUUUUUGGUAGUGCAAGUGAUGUCUCUUGCAGUCAGCCUCCUCUAAGCCUAGAUAAUCAUAAGGUUAUGAGGUGCUCCAGUGUGGAUAAUGGACUGAACUCUCAAAACUCCCCUUUUCACUCUCAUCUCAGUUCUUAUGCUAAUGCAAAAGUACUAUCAAGCACUUUAAGCAGCAUUGAAGCCCCCCAGGGAUGGAAUGAUGUGAGACAGGGCUUUGAAUCUGCAUAUUCAAGUGACAACAGCAAGCAUUAUGUAAAUGUAUCCAGUGAGAUACUUGAAACAAACCCCAAAAACAGAAUUUCGAAAUUUGAGAAUCCUUCUGAACAACCUGGAAACAGUUCCAUGCAAGUUGAUGAAAUUGUACUACUCUACCCUUCUGAGUCAGAAACAGCCUCCAAAAAACCACAAGGCAUUACUUGUGAGCAGGGAACACAAACAAUGGCUACAGGAAGGUAUAAAAGACAGAAGAGGCACCGGAGAAGUUAUACAGAUGUUUCUGCAAGAAAACAAGACACAAAUAGGAGUUCAUUUCAACGACCUUCUUCUUGGGUGAGCAUGCAGAAUCUGUCUAUGCACCUAUCACAGCUUCUUCAUAACACUUCUGAGCUGCUGGGAAACCUCUCCCAACAGAAUGUUAUAGAUAACGAGCAGAAUGCCAAAAUCAAUCAAAGAGGAAUUGCUGAAGAGAUUGUAAGGACUGCUAUGUCAGACAGUUGUACGCAAACUACAGGAGAUGUAGGCAUUCAAGCUGAUAUUUCAGAACACCCACAAAGCAAAAACAAGCAAAACCUAUUCCAGGCAAAUAUUGAAAAUGAAUUGAUGAAAGCUCAGGAAGUGAAUGUGAUUGUGAAAGUGGUAGGUUCAAACACUGUAUGUAGGUCUCAGGAAAAGAAAAAUGUACGUCUCGCUGUUCAAGAGAGAACUCCAGAAAGCAUUGAAAUGAGAAUGCAGAGCAUGCCUGACUUCAGUGAUUCUGCUGCUGAUAUUUUGGGAGAUUCCUUUAUGCAUCUGCCUUCGUUAGCCAGAGCCUCCACUCCUAUCUUAGAUCUUCAAAAAACACCAUUCAUUGCACAGCAGAAUGUUGCUUUUGGCAGUCCCACAGUUUCUCCUGUUGUAUCGUCUUCGCUGAGUUCAGGACAAGAUGAAUCUUCAUGCACGGUAGUUAGCAGUUCUACUUCUAGUACAUCUCCAUCUCCAGCACAUUACACUCAGAAUAAGAGAAAUGUUGAUGAAUCUGAUAUUGCAGUAGAAAGGAAACUAUGUUAUAAAAACACCUUAUUAGUUGACAGAGCCUCUUCCCCUAUUCUAACACUUAGUGCAAAUCCAAGCAACCAGGUUACCUGUAGCAAGUCCUUUUGUUCUAUCAAGGGAUCUGUGGAACAUCCUAAUGAUACUUCAAGUUCUCUCAGUAAUCAAAGAAAGCCAGGAUCACGUUCAUGUUCUGGCUUGGAUGCCUUGGAGCCUCAUGUAGACAAUUCUUCACAAACAGAAACAGACAAUGAAUCUACCACUUCCAGAGAAAGCAAAGAAGUGAGCAAGAAAUCUGCAAGUUUCUCGGAUAAGAACAUAGCUAAAGGGUUCUUAGGAGUAGGUGUUUCAAAAGAAUCAAAGGAAAAGCACAGAUUCACUGACGCACACACUACAAUUUGUGCAAAAAGAUUGUAUCAUUCAAGUAGCACUUUAGAGGUUUCUGGCCAUGGGGAGUAUUUAGUUGAUGAUCUCAAAGAGCACAUUCCAAUGGAACGUUCACUACGUUGUAUGUAUGUCACCAGAAGAGGAAGAGGCUCUUCAGGAAGAAUCAGAUAUGACAAAACCACUGGAAGUUCUGAUGCCUCUUUGAUUAAAAACCACUCUCAGACUUCUUAUGUUGAGGAAUGUAGACAUUCACCUCCAAAUUCUGACUUGUUUUUUAAUCAAGAAAUUAGUCCGUGUUGGUCAAGCAAGACAAAUGCUGAUGGAUCUCCAGAACAUCAGAUGGAAACCUCUUCUGCACAGUUCCACCAUUCCUUUUGGAAAAAUCAAAAUAACUGCCCUUUUCCACUUUCUAAAAUGAGUGGCAUGCAUGUACCCCUUCAAGAUGACGAUACAGCAUCGGCUUCUGCAAGUGAAUGUAAUACUGAAAUUCUACUAAACGAGAAUGCCUCCUUAGUGAAGACCCACAGACCACGAAGCUAUAGUCUUCGUGACUUGCCCAUACACAAUAAAUUUAGCAACUGGUGUGGAGUGAAGGGCAGUCCUCCAUCCUCGGUAAUUAGCUUGACUGGCAGUGCUGCUGAUUUACAAAAUCAAAUGGAAAAGAAGCCAAUCAGCAAACGAGCAACUGAAACAGAAGGGAAAUCCCAGCCUUGGGAAAAUAAAACAAGAGAAAUAGAGAGACUUCGAAGAGAGCGUGCCCAGAUUAUGUCUGGCAUACAUCUGGAUAUGAAGCAGUACCCUCUUACUGUAGAGCUUACUGAAGCAAAGCUGAAUUAUGGAAUUGGAGAAACGGAUGCACUGCUGAGAAUUCUUCAGAAUGGAACUGGAGAGGAUCUGACUUCAGUUCCCAUAAAGCAGCAACUUUAUGAAAGGCACAUGAAGACAAUCGAAGCCCUGAGAAAGCAGAGGGAGGAAAGGCUGCAGAGCUUUAGGAGAACCCGCAGUCUCAGUCCACAAAAGCAUCUGAGCCUGUUGCAGAUGUUGGACACAAACCAGCGGGAUCUGGAUCUCCCCAGCAGACGCCGAGAGUACCUGCAGCAACUGAGAAGAAAUGUAGUAGAAAAUACUAGAGUCCAAGAACCAAAGAGAAGGAUUAUCCAGUAUCCUUCAGAGAUUGAACUGCUACUCCGAGACUAUCAGAGAGCCCGAGAAGAGGCCAAGACUGAAAUUGCAAGAGCAAGGGACAAACUUCGGGAGAGAGCUGAGCAAGAAAAGAGACGUAUACGAGAGCAAAUAUUUUCUCAUCUACAGAAGGAAGAAGCGAAGCUGAAGACAAUUGUAAGCACAAGUACUUUAUGUACAGAUUCCAGCCUAAGUCUUUCCUCUGGCCCAACAUCUGGUUAUAACAGUAGCAAUGCUGCUACUUGUGCUGCAAGUAAAUUCGGCAAACAAGAAGCACUGAUUUAUCCUGGAAGUGCAGAUCUCCCAAGAGGAGAUGCAAGAGGUCGCUCAGCUGUUAGAAAUAGUCAAUUUUAUGAGUUGGAGCAACUACAAAAGAAUUCAGCAUGUGAGAGCAGCAGAAUUCAGUCACCACUUCCAUCUGCUAGCAUCAGCCAUAGGGUCACUCAUGGACUAACUCUUUCAGUCAGCUCCUCUCCUACAAAAGAAUACCAGGAUUUGUCCAAACACAUUUUGGCUAAUGCUACCACUGAGGUUAUGGCGGCAUGUUCAAAUAACCUGAGGAACUUUUACAACUGCCAAGCAGCAGCUGGUUGGAAAUACCAGUAUACAGAAAAAGAGGUACUGGUUUAUUACAAAGUCUUCCCAUCAGCAACUAAGCAUGGGUUUUUGGGAGCUGGAGUGAUUGAAAGACCUCUUCCCAAUGUGUGGUGCAUGGUGAAAGACCCUGGCAAAAGGCAUCUAUAUGACAAAACCAUUAACACAGCUCGAGUACAUAAGAAAAUAACGAGCCAUAUUCAGCUGGUAUAUUUGGUGAGUGAUACUUCAUUGUGUUACCUAAAGCAACCACGGGAUUUCUGCUGCAUCACCGUAGAGGCCAAAGAGGAAAACUUGUCGAUUUUAGCUAUUCAGUCCAUCUAUGAUGAGUCCAUGCCUCGUCCUUGUAAAGAAAUGGUACGAGGGGAGAUUCUGCCAAGUGCUUGGAUAUUGGAACCUGAUAGAGUAAAUGGAAAAGACAUCACCAGAAUCAUUUACAUGGCACAGGUGAGAGAUUCCAUGCAAAUGUUUUGAUUCAGUUACACAUCCAGUUGAGGCUAAGCAUUUUCUGAUGUCACCUAACCCAUUUCUGCAGUGAGAAUAUUAUACAAGUAAAAUUAACAUUCAUCUCAAUAUACUAGUAUGAGCACUUUGCAAAUCUUAUGUUGACAGAUUUUAAAUCGUACUAAAUUCAGUGAGAUUGCUACUUAGUUGUGAGCACAAUGGUUACCUGAUUACAAGAGAGACUUAAAGUUCCAGUCUACAUUACAUAUUGGAACACUGUUUAAACUAGUAUGGAGACAAUCAUGUCAGGGCACCUGAUUCCAUGUGUAGUGUAGACAGACCCCUUUCUUGAUAUUGCAGCAUCUAAAGACUGGUUUACACAAGGUGUUGUCAUGUGUCCCAUAUUUUAACUAUUAGAUUUUUAGUGAGCAAAAUCUAUACAGCACAUACUUGCAAUGUGUUGAGCUCCAAUAAGUGCCAUCUGCCUAGAGCAGUGGUUCCCAAACUUGUUCUGCUGCUUGUGCAGGGAAAGCCCCUGGCGGGCUGGGCUGGUUUGUUUACCUGCCACGUCUGCAGGUUCAGCUGAUCACAGCUCCCAAUGGCUGUGGUUCACUGCUCCAGGCCCAUGGGAGCUGCAGCCACUAAGUCCCUCAGCCUGCGCUGCUCCCGUGGGCCUGGAGCAAUGAACCGCGGCCACUGGGAGCUGUGAGCGGCCGGCUGUGGCAGGUAAACAAACCAGCCUGGCCCGCCAGGGGCUUUCCCUGCACAAGUGGCAGAACAAGUUUGGGAACCACUGGUCUAGGGUUAGAAAGGUAAUGGUGUUUAAGUCGCAGGAUCCAAGAUUGUUGUUUCCACUCUGCUAAUGUGUGUCUCUGUUUCUCCAGCUGUAAAAUGGGUACACUACUUACCUAGGUAUCAGAAGGAUAAACAACAGUUUUGAGAGCCUUCCAUAAAGGUGACUUUAUAUGCAAAUUGUAUUUUCAUUUGUGUGGCUCUGCAACUGAAAGUAAACAAUCACCACAACAGUCUAUGUAUUUUCUUGCAGCUAUUAUAAGCAAAAUGCCAGAAUGUCUAAAGAAUGAGAUUGAAAAUAAUACAAUGCCAUUAUACAAGACCUCACUGAGAGUAUGGUGUUCAUUUGAGCCCCCCUCUCAAGCAGAAGGGGACAAGAGACAGGUGAUGAAAGUGAGUAUAGGAGAGACAAAGUACUGGCACUGUUUUGAGAGGGGUCACAGAAAAAUUAGUUGUUAAAAUUAGGCUUCGCUCUUGCAAUACAAGAACAAGGGGGCAAUCAAUGAACCUGAAAGUAAUUUUCCAUUUCACUUUUACAUUUGUCUAUCAUAGUCCCAUCUUCUAUUUUUACAACAUAGGACUAGGAUCAUUAGUAUUAUGGUGCCAGCUACAAUGAAGUGAAGCAAAGAAUUGUAAAACUCCCUUCCCUGUUGAGUCAGAAACAGACUAUUUAAAAGAGAAGACCAGAUCUCCCUCAUUUCAAUGAACUAUGAUACAGGAGUUGUGUUAGGAUUAGUCUGGAUGUGAAGAGCAUGUUUUUUCAUCUGUAUGUUAAAAAUAAAGAGGAACUGUAGUGUGUAGUAGUAAUGUUAUAGCCUGAGAGCUAAAAUGUAAUGAAGCUCAUUUUUUUUCUACUUAAAGAACUUCUCAUCCCUAUUUUUCAAUUGUUUGUUCUAUUGUAUAAUGCUCUCCACAUAUUUAAUAUAAAAGCAUUGUUUACAGUAGUUUCAGUGACGAAAGGCUUUAGUUUGCCUACUUUGUUUUCCGCAGUAUAGUGUACACUGCAUGGUUUGUCAGAGCACCUUUUCUCAUGAAUUCGGAGCUCACUUAUUAAGCAGUUAAGUCAAGCUAUAAAUCAAACCACAAAUUAAUUACAUUUGCUCAAAUCAUACCCAAGCACUGCAAAGUUGAUUGUCUUAUACAACACCAGUAUGAAGGAGGAAGGCUUAAUUUUAACUUCAGACUUCAAUCAUACCACUUUUUCUCUUUGAAUUUCUUUAUCAUUUGUGGCAGAGGACUAUAACAUGUGUUUACUAUGUACUCUUUCCAGUGUGGGUUUCUAAUGGCUAAAUGGUGUAAAACUGUCUUGACUCAAGAGCACUCAUAACAACCCUUCUAUUUUAAUUUCUGCAGGUUGAUCUUGGUGCCCCAGCUAUCCCUGCACGGCUUUUGAGCUCCAUUGUUAAGCGGCAGCCUCUGGUGAUUGCUAGCCUAGCACAUUUUUUUGCUAGUUAACAACAAAACCAGAUCCAUUGUUACAGUGGGAGAAAGCAGCUAAGUACCAGGGAACAGAUGUGAAAGUCUUUGUCCUCCUCACAGAAAAAGUAAAAUUUUGGCUUAGAAAACAUUUUCAAUCAUGUCCCUCUUCAGAACUGGAGAUGAGAAGCCACAGGCUAAGCAGGUGUGUGCAAAGCUAUUACUCAAACAAACAGAAGAUCAGCAGCUCCAGGAACCACUGUUCAAAGAGUAAGUGUUCCUGGGGUACCUGUCCUUACCACAGGUAGGUCCCUCACUGCACUUGCUGUUCAGUAGUGGGGGGAAAGUGCUGCCUGUAGAAAAUCCUUCAGCAAAGGCAGAGAGUCCUCACCUUGCAAGCAAUCUGCUUGGGUGCAAAAGGCAGGUUACAGCCAUUUCAAAGUGCAAUCCUUCCUUCUCCACUCCCUGUGUUUGUCUAAGACAAAUGAAGUAAUGAAAGAGUAUAUCAUGGCCAGAGGCCUGUUACAAGCCCUUGCAUAGAGAAACGAAUCUGUUGUCAGAUGCUACAAGGAGCAUUACAAGAAUACUUACAGAUGAAGGCUUCAUAAUAAAUGUAGAUAAAGUCAGCUUGCCCACCUGGAGGAGUUCUUAAUCUUGGCAGGGUUAAAAUGUUAGCAGCAUGACCAACUAAUCAUUCUACACCCUGCUUGAAUGAAGAUCUAGAUCCAGUAUAUCAAAUUGUCACUAUUCAGCAACAGUGGCAAGAAACACAUACCUCAGGAGACAGUUUAUUCAUGCUCUACUACAUGAUCAUCGUAAUGCAGAAUUAGGUGUUUUGAAGUGGAGAAACCAAGACUAGGGAGUAGAAUUGAUGAUUCAAGUUGUUUCUAGAAUUAAAAUCCUGCAAACGUGAAAAGUUUAGCUUUGUUCUCGGGGCUGUUCCAUUCUGUUUCUCACCUGAACCAACCAGAUUCUCUAAGCUGAGACACUGGAACAGUUGCUAAGGUACAGAGCAUUCCUGUUCAUAGUUCCCUUGAAGCAUUCCGAAUGGUUUCAUGACAGAGACGCUCCUGCUUUAAAGCUUUAUAUACAGAAAACCCUUUCUAUAAAAAGUCAUGAUAUCCUUUUAAAAAUAGUUACCUGAAACAUAAACCCUUAAACAUUACUAUAGCAGAAAACCAUUUAAAAUAUACAUUGCCAAAGAUAAGGCAGUUUAUUGCUUGAAAAGGGGUAAAGGUCCACCCUGUCUAAGGUAGUACUGCACUUUGAAUGGGUAUCUAUAGCAAACAUCUAUCUUCAAUAGAAUACCAAAGGCUGGUUGUCUAAGUUAAGAAAAACAGCCAUGAUUCUCCCCCCCAACAAGUCUAGCCUUCAGUGCAACCCACUUAUUUCACUAAGGUUGCACAUGCCUAAUGGGGCAGAAGUCAGUCCUUAAACUAGAUAGAUACCUAUUUGAUCUGAAUAUUUUACUUAACCAUUUGACACAAAUCUUUGUUCUAGUGUGACAGGGAUGAGUGAUUGCUUAGCAUCUACUCACCACAGACAACCACUGUUGAGUUAUUAAAUACUCACCUGCCAGAGAAAACAAAUUACAGAAAUAGCUUUCAGCAAGUGACAAACCCCUGCACUGCACUCUAAAGGGAUAACCCAUUUCCUUCUUUCCACCAAAAAAAAAAAAAAAAAAAGCCAUUGGGGGUGGACUUUGUAAAGUGCAGGAAGCAGAACUCCUCCUCCAAGUACCCCAGAACCCUUCAAUUCAGACUUAGCAGUAGCUAUAGCAUAUUGCAAUUGGGAAAGUGCCAAUAAGUUAUUUUAUUACAGGGAAAGGUAUGAACUCUUCAUAUAACCCAUAAAUAUUUGCUGUUUAAGUGAAAGGUUUGCUUGUUUUCCAUUAUUUUGGACAUGGCACUCUGUUAAUGACAAAGCAGUAUUUUCAGGAACAACAUCUAAAAGGAAUCAAGGUUAACAAUGACAGUGCCUAUUGAAAGAAUGUCUUAUUGUACAGUGCAUCAGAUGUUUAUUUUUAUAAAUGCAUAUGAUUUUUCUAUGUUUACAGAUUAAGUUAUUUAUAUAUACACUUGUUUUGAAGUUUUUAUAUGCUGAAGCUAAUUUUUAUUUACUAGUAUCUAAUAAGCUUUUUUAAAAUACAGUCACCCAUUGAUACUAAAUAGCCCUAUUUUGCAAAAGAAAACAUUUGUAUAAAAAAAACCCCACCAUUUAUGGUACUGUUAAUGUGUGGGAUCGGCUUGUUUAGAAGAAAAGGGGGGGGGGGGGGGGAAAGCUAGCUGAUGUAUUUGUUAUGAAGACUAGGCAAAAAUCUUCCUGGCAGUAUUUUACUAUCAUUAUAGCAGUAAAUUUGAAUGACAGUGAAUCAAACCAAUUGUACUGUAUCUCUUAUCCCAUCUCACUCUCAACAAGGAUUGCUAUUUUCAUAUCCACAAUAAAUGGUAUUUUCUACAUAA